AUGUCAUCUGAAGGUCAUAAGGAUCGCAUUCAUCAGUUUAUGACCAAUCAUGAAAUUACAUGGCAUUUCAUUCCACCAAGAGCCCCACAUUUUGGCGGUCUGUGGGAGGCAGCAGUACGCAGCAUAAAAAAACACUUGAACCGCAACGUGGCACUCGUAAAAUUAACUUACGAUGAAUUUUAUACCUUAUUAGUGCAAAUCGAAGCGUGUUUAAACUCACGACCGCUCACACCCUUAUCUACCGACCCCCUCGAUCUUUCCGUCCUUACUCCUGGCCAUUUUUUAAUAGGAGACUCACUUGUGUCAUUACCAGAACCCGACAUAAGUAAUGUAGCACAGAACUUGUUGUCACGGUGGAAAAAAGUUCAAAAUCUCGUGCAGCAAAUUUGGAGACGUUGGAGUGUUGAAUACCUGAGUCAACUCCAGGAACGUAAGAAGUGGGAUAAAUCUCGUGGCCCCUCGGUAAAAGUGGGCUCAAUGGUAAUAGUAAGGGAUACCAAUUUACCUCCGCUACAAUGGCACCUGGGCCGCGUAAUCGACGUGUUUCCGGGCAAGGAUGGUGUGGUGCGGGUUGCGAUGAUCAAUACAGCGAGUGGGCCAAAGAAAAGAGCUGUAAGAUUGUUAUGUCCAUUGCCAAUUCAAGACAAUGACGAUACAGAGCCAAAUGAUAAUAAUUAA